UCUCAGCGGUUCUAUUUUUUUGUUGUUGUAUUUGCCCUGUGUGUCUUUGCAUUUCGCUUUUAUUAUCGUUCUGCGACGGACGCGACGUUGAAGAAUUCUUAGCCGUAUUCUUCUUCUUCAUCCUGUGUAAAUAAUUGUAAUUUAAAUAACUUAAAUUAAAUACAAAAGCACACAUUAACAGAACUUAAGCGUGUCGUGAAUGGAAGUGCAUGUUUUGUGUAUAUUUUCAUCAUUAAACGUCGUGUAAAUUAAAAUUCAUCCUAAAUAUAAAUAAUAAACAACUUCAUUCAAAAAGGAGGAAAUUUCACAAUUCUCAAAUAAUAAAAUCUGUAAAAAUUCAACCAAUUUUAACCAGUUUUCUUACGUAAUUUUUGUUAAGUACCAAACAACAACUGUGCAACUGUGUAAAAUAUUAUUCUUAAAAUUUGUGUUAAAUAGUGUAAAUUUCUGUAAAAAAAAAAACAAAAUAUUAGAUCCAACCCCGACAACAAAUCCAAUAAGUUUUUUUAAUAUGAAAAAAUAAAUAAAUAAAAACGAAGAAAUCUCAAGCAAAUGCUGUAAAUUAAUGUUAAAUGUGUUAGGCUAAAAAUUUGUGCUCCCUAAAACCACAUCAAACAACAACAAAAUCAAUUAAAUAAUUUUUGUACAAAUAAUACAGUAAAUACCACUGUGCAGAGUGCAGUGAUCGGAUCGAUCGAAAGUUUGAGAAGCACUGCAGGUGCGAGAUCGUAAAAGGGAACGUCAAAACGUAACGUAACGAGGGACCACGUAAAAUCCGCGCCCUCUCGAUCGUCCGUCGUCGUCGGCGGUGGUCGUCGUCGUCCCGUAGUCUCUCUCGCAGUCUUCGUUCUUCACUGUUAGCAAUACGCGCCCCCUCGUCAGCUGCGACAGCUUUGAAAAGCCGUCAAAAUUGAGCUCUUAACCGCGCCCACCAUUUCCAUAUCGACGCCCUCGCCGCAACACCAUCCGCAGCAUCAGCACCAACAGCAGCAGCAUCAUCAGCAGCAGCAGCAGCACCACCACCAGCAACAGCAGCAACAGCUCUACCAACAACAGCAGCAACAACAUUACGGUCCAGCACCACCCUACUUUCAACACCUUCAACAACAACAGCAGCAACAACAACAGCAGCAACAGCCACAGCCGCACCAACAGCAGCAACAACAACACAUGAAGUUUUUGGGUGGUAACGAUGAUCGUAACGGCCGCGGCGGCGUCGGCGUUGGCUCGGACGGCAUUAUAGGCUCGUCUCGUGGCGGCGGCGGCGGCGGUGUGUCACAGGAUGUCGCCGAUGCAGCCGGCGCUGCAGCGGCCGCUGCCGUCGGCUACGUCUUCCAGCAACGUCCCUCGCCCGGCGGGGGCGGUGGCGGCGGCGGCGGAGUGGGAGCUGGCGGCGUAGGCUCGACCUUGCACGAGGCAGCCGCCGCCGAGUACGCAGCCCACUUUGCCCAGAAGCAACAGCAAACGCGUUGGGCAUGCGGCGAUGAUGGACACGGCAUUGAUAACCCGGAUAAAUGGAAGUACAAUCCCCCCAUGAAUCCAGCCAACGCAGCUCCGGGCGGACAGCUGCAGCCUGGAAACGGCAGCAAUGGCGGACCUGGAGCCAUCGGAACCAUUGGCAUGGGCAGCGGACUCGGCAGCAUGGGCGGCGGCAACGGCGGAGGAGGAGGCGGUGGCGGCUCCGGCUCGAACGGCGGGCUCCACCAUCCGUCAAUGGCAGCGACAGCCGCGAACAUGGCGGCCAUGCAACAGGCUGCAGCCGUGGCCAAGCACAACCACAUGAUGUCCCAGGCAGCCGCUGCCGUGGCGGCCCAACACCAGCAGCAACAACAGCAGCAGCAGCAACAGCCGCCGCAUCUCCAGCAGCAGCAGCAACAGCAUCAUCUGAUGGGCGGAGGAAACGGCCUGGGCAACGGCAAUGGCCUGGGAGUCGGUCUCAGCAACCAGCAGCAUCCUGGCCAGCAGCAGCAGCAGCAGCCCGGCGGUCAUCCCGGACAGUACAAUUCGAAUCUUCUCAGUCAUGCCGCUGCCUUGGGGCAUAUACCCCCUUACGCCCAGUCGGGCAGCAUGUACGAUCACCAUGCUGGUGCCAUGCAUCCGGGCAUGAACGGGGGCAUGCCCAAGCCGCCACUCGGCCCGCCCGGCGGACCCCAGGACUACGUCUACAUGGGCGGACAGCCCACGGUCCCAAUGGGCGCUGCCAUGAUGCCGCCCCAGAACCAGUAUAUGAACAACUCCGUGGUGUCCGCCGCCAACCGGAAUGCAGCGAUUACCACAUCCACUGCCAAGAAAUUGUGGGAGAAGUCCGAUGGCAAAGGCACAUCCAGCGCACCGGGAGGACCCCUGAAUCCACUGCAGAUCCCCGGCGUCGGGGACCCGUCGUCGGUGUGGAAGGACCACACCUGGUCCACGCAGGGCGAGAAUAUCCUGGCUCCGCCACGAUCGCGCGGCUAUGCGGGACACGGUGGCACCUCCGACACAUCCAACAGCGGCAAUGCGGGCAUAUUGAGUCCCCGCGAUUCACAGUGCGCCAAAAUGGUUGAAUAUGUUCUGGGCGGAUCGCCCACAAACAAGGAAAGCCCCUUGUCCGGCCUAGAGCCGCGGCUGCGCAACCUCAAGUUUGACGACAAUGAUAAGUCGCACGAUGAUAAGGAAAAGGCAAACUCUCCGUUCGACACAAACGGCAUGAAGAAGGACGAUCAGGUCUCAAACACAAACGGUGUCGUUAAUGGCAUUGACGAUGACAAGGGUUUCAAUCGCACUCCCGGCUCGCGGCAGCCUUCGCCCGCCGAAGAGACCUUGCCCCUGCCACGCCCCCAGAAUCUACUCGACCACUCACAGCACGGCGGGUUCCCCCAGCUGCCGCCCCCCUUCAACCACAUGCUCAUGGACCACGGACAGGGCAUGGGCGUGGGCGUGGGCGGUGGAUUGGGCGGCGGAUCUGGAAUGGGCGAGUGCCGCAUCCAUGGCAACGGCGUAGGUGGCGGCGGCGGCGGCGGAGGUGGUGGGGGGUAUGCGGCACACCAGCAGAUGGCGGCACAGAUGAACCAGUUGCAGCCGCCGAUGAUGAACGGCGUGGGCGGUGGAAUGCCGAUGGCGGCACAGUCCCCGAUGAUGAACCACCAAGGAGCUGGACCCAAUCUCAUGGAAUCUCCCGGCAAUCUGUUGCAGCAGCAGCAAAAUUUUGAUGUUCAGCAAUUGUUCCGCUCGCAGAAUCCGGGCCUUGCGGCAGUUGCCUCCAAUGCAGCCGCCGCCGCAGCCGCGGCUGCAGCCGCCACAUCCGCCGCCAGUGCAGUCGGAGCCCCGCCCGGCGCCCCCAACGGGACGCUGCAGCAGUCGCAGCAGCAGCAGCAGCAGAUGCAGAUGGCCGCGGCCUCCCAACAGUUUCUGGCCGCCCAGCAGGCGCAACAGAAUGCGGCCUAUGCCGCGCAACAGGCGGCCCCGUACGUCAUCAAUCCGGGCCAGGAGGCCGCCCCCUACAUGGGCAUGAUAGCCGCCGCCCAGAUGCCGCAGUACUACGGCGUGGCGCCGUGGGGCAUGUACCCCGGGAAUCUGAUACCACAGCAGGGCACCCAGCCGCGCCGCCCGCUGACGCCCUCGCAGCAGGGAGCCGAUAAUCAGCCGUAUCAGGUCAUACCGGCCUUCCUCGAUCACACCGGCUCGCUCCUGAUGGGUGGACCCCGCACCGGCACGCCGAUGCGACUGGUUAGCCCCGCCCCCGUGCUGGUGCCGCCGGGCGCCGCCCGAGCCGGACCCCCGCCGCCGCAGGGCCCACAACUGUACCAGCCGCAGCCGCAGACAGCCCAACAGAAUCUCUACUCGCAGCAGAAUGGUUCCAGUGUCGGAGGCCUCGCCUUGAACACAAACUCGUUGACGGGUCGACGGGACUCCUUCGAUCGCUCCACAUCCGCCUUUAGUCCCUCGGCCAUGGACUACACCAGCAGCGCAGUGGCGGCCGCCAACGCGGUCAACAGCACGGUGGCCCAGGCAGCGGCCGUGGCGGCUGCUGCCGCCGCUGCCCGCGCCAAGUGGCCGGGAGCGAUGUCGGGCGCCGGGGCCUACGGGGCCUUGGGAGCAGCAGCCGCUGCUGCGGCGGCCAACGCCUCGGCCAGUCCGAUCGGGGCCCCGCUGACGCCGCCCCCGUCGGCCCAGUCCUGUCUGCUGGGCAACCGGGCUCCGGGCGCCGAGUCGCGGCAACGGCAGAUGGCCGUGGGCCUUCCGGCCACCGCUGCGGCUGCCCAGGCGGCCGUCAACAACAUGUUCGGCUCAAACAGCUCGCUGUUCUCGAGCCAUUUGGCCAUUCCGGGAACUGCGGCGGCGGCAGCUGCGGCAGCGGCAGCCAACUCGCGCCAGGUGGUCGCCGCUGCUGCGGUGGCGGCGGCUGCGGCCGGAGCUGCUGGAGGUGCAGGGGGGGCCCCGCAGCCAGGUAGGUCCCGGCUCCUGGAGGACUUCCGGAACCAGCGCUACCCGAAUCUGCAGCUGCGCGACCUGUUGAACCACAUUGUCGAGUUCUCGCAGGACCAGCACGGAUCGCGGUUCAUCCAGCAGAAGCUGGAGCGGGCCACGGCCGCCGAGAAACAGAUGGUGUUCAGCGAGAUUCUUGGCGCCGCCUACAGCCUGAUGACGGACGUGUUCGGCAACUAUGUCAUCCAGAAGUUCUUCGAGUUCGGCACGCCCGAGCAGAAGAACACCCUGGGCAUGCAGGUCAAGGGCCACGUGCUGCAGCUGGCAUUGCAGAUGUACGGCUGCCGCGUGAUCCAGAAGGCCCUGGAAAGCAUCUCGCCCGAGCAGCAGCAGGAGAUCGUGCACGAGCUGGACGGACACGUGCUGAAGUGCGUGAAGGACCAAAACGGCAACCACGUGGUGCAGAAAUGCAUCGAGUGCGUCGACCCCGUGGCCCUGCAGUUCAUCAUCAACGCUUUCAAGGGGCAGGUCUACUCGCUGAGCACACAUCCCUACGGCUGUCGCGUCAUCCAGCGCAUCCUCGAGCACUGCACAGCCGAGCAGACCACGCCCAUUCUGGACGAGCUGCACGAGAACACCGAGCAGUUGAUCCAGGACCAGUACGGCAACUACGUCAUACAGCACGUGCUAGAGCACGGCAAGCAGGAGGACAAGUCCAUACUCAUCAACAGCGUGCGCGGCAAGGUUCUGGUGCUCUCGCAGCACAAAUUCGCCUCGAACGUCGUAGAGAAGUGCGUCACCCACGCCACACGCGGCGAGCGCACGGGCCUCAUCGACGAGGUGUGCACCUUCAAUGACAACGCCUUGCACGUGAUGAUGAAGGACCAGUAUGCCAACUACGUGGUCCAGAAGAUGAUCGAUGUGUCCGAGCCGACGCAGCUGAAGAAGCUGAUGACCAAGAUACGGCCCCACAUGACGGCCUUGCGCAAGUACACCUACGGGAAGCACAUCAACGCCAAGCUGGAGAAAUACUACAUGAAAAUAACGCCCAUAUCCGUUGCGGGGGCAGUCAGCGGUGCCGGAAGCGCAGCUGCGACCACAUCCACAUGCUCGAUUGCAGCGACCGCAUCCUUAGCCGUCUCGCUGGACAACAGCAACAGCAGCAGCACCAACUCUUGUUCGACCACCACCAGCAUCGCCUCGCCAACGAUUUGCUCCGUGCAGGAGAAUGGCAGCGCCAUGAUUGUCGAACCAACAUCGCCAGCUGUGUCCGAGUCGUCAUCGCCGAUGGUGGCUGCCGUCAACAGUGGCCUUGGUCCCAUUGGACCACCAACAGCCGCCAACGGCGUCCUAUAAAGACAAGUAAAGAAGAAAUCAUACGGUCGAUGUAGUCAACAGAAACAACAUCCUCCUUCUCGAAUCGAGGUUUAGUUUUUAGUCUGGCAUCUGCCAAAACGAGAGGAGAGCAAAGGAGAGCAAAGGAGACGAGCCAAAAGCUAAAGCAUACUAUAAAUAAAUACAUAUAAAUGUAAUCUAAUUUAUUGAACAAGCAGCCGAAUCGAGCUGCAAUCAGAAGAGAGAGACCCCCAUCUCCAGGCCCCGCCUGGGCCGUCGGAGAAUUGUAAAGAGAGCACUAACUCACUCACACGCACGCACGCAUGCACGCUUCUCAAAUACAAGUGAAAGCAAACACCCGAGCAGAACACCCAAAAUUGAAUGCCAUGCCUCCAUGGCGUGCGUCUCGUGGCAGCCGCAACGAUCACUGUGCGCACUGCACUCGAAAGAAGAAAAAAAACAAAAAAAAAAACUCAAAAUUAAUUUGUAUUUUUACGAACAAAAAAUAGCACAUAGAUGAACGGAAGAUUUCAAACGAAAUAUUUGUACAAUGCAAUCGCAUGUUUAAGUUAAAAACAAAAAAAGAAGAAAGAAAAACAAAGAAAUUAUUAUGAAUGUAAUUGUCAAAGAAACAAAUUGUCUGCGUACACUUUCGUUGUAACUUUGUAAAUUAAUGAUUAUAUAGCAAGCCUAUCUGUAAAUGAUUAAUGUUUCGACUGUAAAUUGAUAAGAGGACAAACCGAAGAGCCGGAAAUUGGAGGAGAUUGCGAUAUAGAGCGUAGAGAGUAGAGAGUAUAGAGUAAAGAGUAACGAGUAAAGAGUAUAGAGAGCGGCAGCACGAAUAUGCGUAGAAUUUAUAAGUUCGGACAGAGGAACCAUUUCAAAUAUGCAUACGUUUAUAUAACGAAUAGCAAACAUAAACCACACAUAGUGUAGAAUGUAGAGUAAAUAUAUGUUAAUGGAGCCAGCAGCUACCAAAACAAUAUGAAACCGGUAACACACACACACAAACACACACACGCAACACACACGAUCACCGAAACACUCAAACACUCUCACAAUUAACGACUCUUCGACUCAUUCGCGCUGCUUUUGCACUGUGUAAAAUUUUGUACAAAAAACCCCAAACUACAAACCAUGUAUCAAUGAAACCAUGUAAUUUUUCAAUUUGUUCACAUGUAAAAUUUAACUUUUAUGUAAAAUUCUCAUUAAUUUUAAUUGAACUAUUUUUUGUAAAUGAUGUACUUGCUGUGUAUAGAGGGAAACAAAACGAAACGAAGCAAAACAAAACAAAACAAAACAAAACGAAACCGAUUACCAUAACGAAAGCGAACCAAGAAGACUCACACGCACAGAACAUCAUACAUACACACCUGUACACACCAACAUUCACACGUACACAACACCCAUACACGCAUGCAUCGGAAGCAAGUUAAUAUUAUUAUUAUUAUCCAUUUUGUAUACAUAUGUAUGUAAUUUGUAAAUUUGUUUGAUUUUAAGUCGCAGUAACCCAUACUACUAUACAUAUUCUAUUCGAUCCUACACGCAUGUAUUUAUAAUUUUAUACAUCCUCAUGGCCCCACGCACCGAUGAUAUAAUAUGAUCGGGAUGAAGAAGAUAAGCGAAAGGUGGGCGCCAGUAGAGAGAACCCAACCCCUGUUUAGCCAAGUAAGCCCAACUGAUUACCGAAUUAUGAUUUUUUUUAAUUGAAGAUGUUGAUUUCUCAGCGAUUUUUACUACUUGUAUCAGCAAAACGAAACAGCAAAUAAGAGAGAAGAGAGGGCAGAACAAAUGUACGCAAAUCAUAUUAAAUAAACCAUAAACGAAGCGAAUGCAAAAUUUUACGUGUCCCCUUUUUUGGUUUCCCAAAUUUCUUGCAAAACCCUUUCGUUUGUCAGUCAUUGCCAGCCCACCUUACUGUACGAAAUAGAAUGUAUUUAUACGGAUAUGCUUAAAAACAACUCCAGACUACAGAAAGUGCUUACUGCCCCUGCGCGGCUUGAAUUGCAAUCGCUGUGCAACAGACAUCUAUGAAUCAUCUAUGAGCCUCAUUUCCCAUCCCAUCCCAUCCCAUCCGAUCCGAUACCAUCCCUUUCCAUCCCCCUAACCUAUCCCUCACGUAAGUGUAUAGAAUUUUUUUAGCAUGUUAUCGAACACUUGUAAAUUGCAAACAAAAAUUUUAUAUGUAUACAUACAUUGUAAAAAGUAACCAACAAUACGAGUACCAAGAAUUUUGUACAUUUUGUUAUAUAAAUUUAGACUAUUUCGGGACGCCUUAUUCCAAUACUAAAAUACUGAAUACUGAUUACUGAAACGAGAGACGGUUAAAACGAACGAAUUUAGACCUUUUGUCGGUUUCGUCGAAGCACAGAUGUAUCCAUGCAAAACAAUUUUUGGAGAUGAAUGUAAAGUGUAUUAAUGCAUAUUUUUGUACACACAAUUUCGUUGUCGUGUUUUUGUCGUUGUUGUUGUCGUUGUCGUUGUCGUUGUCGUCGCCAUCGUCAUCGUCAUCAUCGUCGUUGUCGUGUUUUGUAUAUAACAAAAGUAAUAUGUAUGUACCAUUCAUCGACCAUUUGUAACUAUAUCUUUCUGUACCCCUACCAACAACAAACAUGAUACAUAGAAGUGCGGCCCCGCAAUAAACCCGCAAUCGCCAGCGCUAAGAUCAUUUGAGCAUUUCAAGCGACGGCGCGAACACUAGUUUGGUAUUAUUCGUUUGGUAUUUUUAGUUAUUAACUAAUCAACUGCCUGUCUCUAGAGCGCAAUGCACUGAUAAUUUUAAUUCAUAUAAUCCAUAGAGGAAUCCAUUGUAUGUAGGAAUCUCGACAUGCUUCUGUAGGCGAUACAUACAUAUGUACAUGCUGGACGUUAGACGCUCUUUGCAUUUAACGUUUAGUAUACACACAUGACA